AUGGAUGAUCGAUUGAUUGAAUUACAUAAAAUGUCUGGCAGAUAGGAUUCAUUUUAAUUGAACAACUCCAACUCCUCUUAGGAUGAUGAUUUUAUGCCUCAAUUCUUUCAGAAAAUAAAAAAGGCACUUUAGUGUUUAGAGAGAAUCAAAGAAAAUAAUAAUAGAAUGUAGGAGAUGUCAAUGAAGUAUGCUAGAGCAACUACAUCAAAUGUAGAAAAAGAGUUGUCACGAGAAUUAGAGUAGAUUAUGGCCUAAAAUUAACAAUAUAGUAACGAAUUAAAAGAUGCAAUGAAUGAUAUAAAAGAAGAUGUUGAAAGAAGUGAAAGAGAUUACUCAGAUCAACCUGAAACCCAAAUGAAAAUCAAUCAGAGAAAUGCAUUAACUAGUAAAGUUCAGGAAGUUUUACAUGCUUCUUCUCAAAUUUCCAUUAAAUACAAGACUUGUGUUAGAGAGAAAAUUAGGAGGUAAACGAAGAUCUUAGAUGAAAAUGCCUCAGAAGAGUUUUUAGAUGAAAUAUGCAAUGAUCCAUAAAAAGCAACGUAAUUAUUACAAGGAAAACUCUAUGGAGAAGCUCCUUCUGCUAUUCUCACAAAUACUGUCUCAGAUAUAUAGGAGAAAUACAAAGAUAUACAAUAGUUGGAAAGAUCUGUUUAAUUAGUAUAUUAACUAUUUGUAGAUUUAGCUAUCUUAGUUCAUGCUUAAGGCUAAUAAAUCGAUAACAUAGAAAUUAAUCUUGACUCAGCUAAAACUUAUGUCGGCAAGGCAGAAAAAAGCCUUGUGGAUGCAAAGGAAGACCAUCAAUCAGCUAAAAAGAAAAUAUGUUGUGUUAUCCUAAUUGGUGUUGUAAUUUUAGCAGUAAUUAUAGGACCAGUUGUUGCGACGUCAUGA